AUGGCGACCCGGGGAGCUGGGGAGGGCAUCUGCGGCGGCGGCGGCGGUGGCGAGGAGGUGGGCGAGCGCGGCGACUUCGAGCUCUUCCGCAGCGGCUCCGCGCCGCCCACCGUCGAGGGCGCCAUGGCCAUGGCGGCCGGCGGCGGCGGCGAGGUGCUGCUGGACGACGAGCUGCGGGCCGACCCGGCCUACCAGAGCUACUACUACUCCAAUGCGCACCUCAACCCGCGCCUCCCGCCGCCGCUGCUCUCCAAGGAGGACUGGCGCUCCUCGCAGCACCGCCUCCGCAGCUCCGCCUCCUCCGGGCUCGGCGGGAUCGGGGACGGCAGGAGGGGCGCGCCGGCGGGGGCUGGAGACGGGCUCGUCGGCCUCCCCGGUAUCGACCAUCCCCGGCAGCGGAGCUUCUCCAGUAUCUUCCAGGAGGAAUCAAAUCAACGUGAUAUUGACAGACAGGGUGCCAACCACAACCGUAAUGACUUCCUGGAUUCUUCUGGAAUGCAGUAUGCUCUACAUCGCGAGCCUGGAGCUAUGAGCAGUCUGCAGCGUGACAGCAAUGAACAGACUAUGGCUGAAAUGCGGAACAAUGAUUUGUCAUCUCAUGCAUAUGCAUCUAUUCUAGGACCCUCACUUUCUAGAAGUGCAUCGCCAGAUCCUGAGCUUGUGAGGAGGGUCCCUAGCCCGUGCCUUCCUCCUAUUGGUGUGAAAGUCGGUGCUUAUGAUAAAAAGAGUAAUGGAGGCUCAUCUUCCUUCCGCCGUAGUUCGUCCGCUGUUGGUGAACCUGAUGAUCUGGUCGCUGCUUUAUCUGGGAUGAACUUGUCGUCGUCUAGAGCUGGUAAUGGGCAAACCAUGGAUCAGUCUAAGCUCUAUCAGGAUGUUGAUAAUGCCAAUAGGUUCCUUUUUGAUCGACAGGGUGAUCAAACAAAUGGCAAUCAACAACACUCCUUCAUGAAACGUACUGAUCAAGGACAUUUUAGGGCACCUGAAGGGUAUUCUGCAAAUUCGGCUAAUUCUUCUAUGAUGAGAAAUCAGAUGAAUGCUGGAAAUUUCUCAUCAUCUGACAAUUCAUCAGUUGGUUCUGGCUUUGCUUCCCCUAGGAUUGGUUCGAGAUCCCCAGGAGGGACAUUAUCUUCUAGGCAAAAUUUAGCUGGUGCCUCUAACUUCCGAGGCUACAAUGGAAUGGGAAGUCCAAAUGCAGCAACUUCUCUUCAGAUGCCAAUCGAUCCAUUAUAUGUUCAGUAUCUUGCUGCCCAAGUUGCGGCCAGCUAUGAUGAUCCUUUCAUGGCCAGUGGCCUUCUGGGAAAUUCUUACAUGGAUUUACUUGGUCCUCAGAGCCUUAGCCCGUUGCUUCAGUCACAGAAGAACUAUGGCUGCUAUGGAAACCUUGGAUUUGGCCUUGGUUAUGCUGGAAGUCCUUUGACGAGUCCUGUUCAUCCCUCUUCACCUGUUGCAUCUGGUAGUCCACUUAGGCAUGGUGAACGCAGCAUGCGUUUUGCAUCAGGCAUGCGGAAUUUUGGUGGUUCUUUUGGUUCAUGGAAUCCAGAUCUGGUUGGAAAGAUGGAGAGCAAUCUGAUGCCCUCUCUUCUUGAAGAAUUUAAGAGCAACAAAAGCAGAACUUAUGAGCUCUCUGAAAUAGCUGGCCAUGUCGUUGAGUUCAGUGCGGAUCAAUAUGGGAGCCGAUUCAUACAGCAAAAGCUCGAAACGGCCAGUAUUGAAGAGAAAGACAUGGUCUUUUCAGAGAUCAUGCCUCAGGCUCUCACACUGAUGACUGAUGUAUUUGGAAAUUAUGUUGUCCAGAAGUUUUUUGAGCAUGGAAGCACUACUCAGAUAAAGGAACUGUCUGAUCAGCUUAUUGGACGUGUCCUCGCUCUCAGUCUUCAGAUGUAUGGGUGUCGGGUUAUACAGAAGGCUAUAGAGGUCGUGGAUUUAGCUCAGCAGACUAAAAUGGUUGCUGAGCUUGAUGGACAUAUCAUGCGCUGUGUACGUGAUCAAAAUGGUAACCAUGUGAUACAGAAAUGCAUAGAGUGCAUCCCUCAGGAUGUUAUCCAGUUCAUUGUCUCAACGUUCUAUGGUCAAGUUGUGCUGCUGUCCACCCAUCCGUAUGGUUGUCGGGUUAUUCAGAGGGUCCUGGAGCACUGUGAUGAUCCAACAACACAGCAAAUAAUGAUGGAUGAGAUUCUCCAGUCUGUUUGCUUGCUGGCUCAAGAUCAAUAUGGUAACUAUGUUGUUCAGCAUGUUCUGGAACAUGGCAAACCACAUGAGAGGACAUCUAUUAUUGAUAAGUUAAUUGGACAAGUUGUGCAAAUGAGCCAGCAAAAGUUUGCUUCAAAUGUCAUUGAGAAAUGCUUAGCUUUUGGCAACCCUGUAGAGAGGCAGAUCUUGAUUGGUGAAAUGCUUGAAUCCACUACUGAAAGUGAACCUCUUGAGGUAAUGAUGAAAGAUCAGUUUGCCAACUAUGUGGUGCAGAAGGUGCUGGAGACUUGUGAUGAUCAGCAGAGGGAGAUGAUCCUCACAAGGAUAAAGGCCCACCUGAACACCCUUAAAAAGUACACCUAUGGGAAACACAUAGUUGCACGCGUAGAGAAGCUUGUUGCUGCUGGAGAGAAGCGCCAGGGGCUUCAACCAGCGUGCACUGCCGCCUGAAGGGCGGACUAUGCAGUUGUACAGCUAACAGUGGCUAGGUUUGCGCUCGUGUUUUUCCCCGACUGAAAAAACCCUAUAAAACUAGUAUGUGGUACCGCGGAAUAAGAUACAAUCUUGGUUGCACUGGAGAGAGUGUACAUUCUGUAGCUGAGGAAGCAAAGACUAAUCUGAACUGUAAAGGGGAAGAAGAGGAGGAGUAAGAAGAAACAUGUUACUCUGCUCACUGUACAAAUUUAGCACUAGAGAGAGAGAGAAAGCUGUUAGCUGUCUAAAGAGUGGAUUAAAGCCGCCGCGACUACUUUGUUUAUCCUUUUGUGUGUCUAAAGAGUGGAUUAAAGCUGUUGUUGUAAGAUAAAACUCAGAGGCACUAGCCUCUUUUUUUCUUCCCAGUUCAAGCUGAAGUUAUUAGUAUCAGCUUUGCUGAACUGCUGAACAGUUUCUGUUAUUGAUGGAGUUGUAUCUGUCUGUAAUCUAAUCCAGGAUGAUGAUAAUGCAUGA